GGUGGGUGUUAUGAGGUCUGAUUAAGAUAAAAAGUUUGUUAUUAAUUUAAUUUCUUUAACAAUUGUCGAUGCCAUGUGUUUUUCGGACGCCUCAAAGUUUAUCCAACCACCGACAUGUUAAUUUAAUCGUGCUUGGAGUUGACGAGUUCAUAUUCCGAUUUUGUCUCACAGGACUGCUGGAUAUAUCAACUCCAGCAGCUAUUGUUAACCAAUAAAGCGAGAGAUAUAUAACCAACACAUCGCUCAUGAAUCAGUCAACCAUUAAAAGGAAAGGCUCUUAUCAAACAACAACUCGGCAACCCCGUCGCUUAUACACAACACACUCCCAUUCAGCAAUUCAAAACCAAUUUAUUUUCAUCCAGCACUUGUUUUGCUGGGGCGAAUCCCGCCACGCUUGGGACCGUCGCUAUUCCGUGUACGCUUUAUAUCUGCUCAAUGUCCCUUUGUUCCAAUAUGUACAGCUAUCCAGCCAAUUGUUGCCACGAGCUGCCUCCCUGCCCGUACUCCAUUAUGUCAAAGCCACCAGUUAUGCCAACGUCGGCUGCCGUCUCCCCAAAUCCAAGCCGCAAUUAUUACUAGAGCACCAAAUAUGCUGUGAGUGCAUCGUGCAGUAUAUUACUGUGGUGACGCAAGUUCUGCGGGGGUCCUUCGUCGGUCGUAAUCUCGUCUCGUCCUGUCGAUUUUCUUCUCAUCUCGACUCCCGAGACGACAAACAGCCCAUUUGGCGGACCCCCUAUUUCUUGCCUCAUGCUCCUCCCCCUCUCCCGCCUUUAAAAACAAAAAAAGCUGCCAACGCCAUCCUGGUAUCUCGAAAGGCAACAAGACCCCGAAAUCUUUUGUUUUGUCAUGUGUAUUCGAAUCCGAACGGCGAAACAUAUAUGUGAUCAUGACACUCGGUUCUUUCUAAAAUGAGAGAGAGGAAAAAAAAAAAAAAAAAAAAAAA